AUGCCUUUGGAGGAAAGCGCCUCCGGGCUGGGCGGCGGCGGCGGCGCUCCGGCUCGCUCGGGCCUGCUGGCGGCGGUGCUGGCGGCGGUGUGGUGGGGGCUGCCGUCGGGCAGCGCGGCCCAGCCCUACCACGGCGAGAAAGGCAUCUCGGUGCCGGACCACGGCUUCUGCCAGCCCAUCUCCAUCCCGCUGUGCACCGACAUCGCCUACAACCAGACCAUCCUGCCCAACCUGCUGGGCCACACCAACCAGGAGGACGCCGGGCUGGAGGUGCACCAGUUCUACCCGCUGGUGAAGGUGCAGUGCUCGCCCGAGCUGCGCUUCUUCCUGUGCUCCAUGUACGCGCCCGUCUGCACCGUCCUGGAGCAGGCCAUCCCGCCCUGCCGCUCCCUGUGCGAGCGCGCGCGCCAGGGCUGCGAGGCCCUCAUGAACAAGUUCGGCUUCCAGUGGCCCGAGCGGCUCCGCUGCGAGAACUUCCCCGUGCACGGCGCUGGCGAGAUCUGCGUGGGCCAAAACACCUCGGACACCUCCGGGGGAGGGGCGGCAGGGGGAGGCCCCGGCGGAGGGGGCACCGGGCGCCCCGGCGGAGGGGCCACGGCCUACCCCACCGCCCACCUGCCGGAUCCCCCCGCCCACCCCUUGCCCCCUACCAGCUACGCCUUCUCUUGCCCCCGGCAGCUCAAAGUGCCCCCCUACUUGGGCUACCGCUUCCUGGGCGAGCGGGACUGCGGGGCCCCUUGCGAGCCAGAUUUGCCCAACGGGCUGAUGUACUUCAAGGAGGCCGAGGUGCGCUUUGCCCGCCUCCUGGUGGGCAUCUGGUCGGUGCUGUGCUGUGCCUCCACCCUCUUCACCGUCCUGACCUACCUGGUGGACAUGAGGCGCUUCAGCUACCCGGAGCGGCCCAUCAUCUUCCUCUCGGGGUGCUACUUCAUGGUGGCCGUGGCCUACGUGGCAGGCUUCCUGCUGGAGGACAAGGUGGUGUGCGUGGAGCGUUUCUCUGAGGACGGCUACCGCACCGUGGUGCAGGGCACCAAGAAGGAAGGCUGCACCAUCCUCUUCAUGAUCCUCUACUUCUUUGGCAUGGCCAGCUCCAUCUGGUGGGUCAUCCUUUCGCUCACCUGGUUCCUGGCGGCCGGCAUGAAGUGGGGCCACGAGGCCAUUGAGGCCAACUCCCAGUACUUCCACCUAGCCGCCUGGGCCGUGCCCGCCAUCAAGACCAUCACCAUCCUGGCCAUGGGGCAGGUGGACGGUGACGUCCUCAGCGGCGUCUGCUACGUGGGCAUCUACAGCGUGGAUGCCUUGCGUGGCUUUGUCCUGGCCCCACUCUUCGUCUACCUCUUCAUCGGCACCUCCUUCCUCCUGGCCGGCUUCGUGUCCCUCUUCCGCAUCAGGACCAUCAUGAAGCACGACGGCACCAAGACCGAGAAGCUGGAGAAGCUCAUGGUGCGGAUUGGGGUCUUCAGCGUCCUCUACACAGUGCCGGCUACCAUCGUCCUGGCCUGCUACUUCUACGAGCAGGCCUUCCGGGACACGUGGGAGAAAACCUGGCUCCUGCAGAGUUGCAAGAGCUACGCCAUCACUUGCCCCACCAACUUUGCCCCCAUGAGCCCCGACUUCACCGUCUUCCUGAUCAAGUACCUCAUGACCAUGAUUGUGGGCAUCACCACCGGCUUCUGGAUCUGGACUGGCAAAACCCUCCAGUCCUGGCGGCGCUUUUACCACAGACUCAGCACGGGAAGCAAAGGGGAGACUGCAGUAUGAGGGUCACAUCCCCCAAGGAAAGUGUGGGGGGUUGUGGGGAAGGAAGAGGGUUGCUCCUUCAAGCUCUGCCUUUUCUUCUUUCCAAGAGAGAACCAUUGACACUCAAUGGACCUUCUGACUUGGGGGUUCCCCUUGCUUGCCAAGUUGAAGAGUGCAAAAUAAGUGUCCUUCUUUUUAAGACUGCUCUUCAGGACAGUCAAUGUCUUUCUUCUCCCUCCCGCACCCUCGUGAACAUUUCUUUACUUUUCUCCCCCCCCCCCCCCCUUUAAUAAGUACUGCAGUAUCUGUUCAAAGGGAAAUGCUGGAAUUGUGGCAAGGAUGGAAGUUCUUUUAUAGGGGAGGGAGAAAGGAGAGAAAAGCAAAUGUAUCAUUUCUUUUUACAAAACUGUGAUUACAUCCAUGUAUUCCAGUGGUGUCAAAUUGAAACUCUGCUAGGCCAUGCCACCGCCACACACAGACAAAGAAAUCUCCAGAGUCCUAACUCAAUUGUCUUUCUGAUCACAUCCAGGCAGGUACUAAGUAAUUUUGGGGUGUGUUCUCCCCCCCCCCCAAAAGGAUGAUGCCAAGUAAAGUCUUCCAAUAAAUUGUGUUACUCUAGCAGUGCAAUCCUAUUAAUGUUUACUUAGAAGUAAGCCCUCUUGAGUUAAGUGGGACUACCGCCCAGGGAUCGCAGCCUAUGCGUGCUUUUCUUGGGGUGUAAGACAUGUUGAACUCGAUGGGGCUUAAACCUCUGAGUGUACACGCAUAGGCUUUGGCUGUAGAUGGGGG